AUGGCGGACGUGGACAUGAAGACGGAGGCUGACGACACAAGUACAACUUCCAUCAAUGAUUGCGGUGGCUCUGACACAUCCGAUGAAAGUGACUUCGAAAGCUUCGCAACCUCGCCGAUAGUCACCAUAUUAGUUGGAUCGAGAAAGUUCGAGUUCUUUGCUCACAAAGACAAGCUCGUGGAGAAGAGCCCAUUCUUCCAAAAAUGUCUUGGGGCGGGAAUGCAAGAGGCCCAAACAGACUGUGUCAUCUUGCCAGAAGAUAAUCCAAAAGCAUUUGGUCACUUCAUCGACUGGAUUUAUCGACGAGGUGCACCAAAGAUCGUUGAUGAACAAGACAUCAAAGAUCUCCUGCGGACUUGGGUCAUGGCAGACAAGUUCUGCAUGCCGAGGUUGCAAAACAAAAUCAUGAACGCCCUGGCACUUUGGUGUAGAGGCCAUCUGGUGGCACCCGACAUCGUUCUCUGGGUGGUCACACGUGUUGCCCACGAUAGCAAACUCUUUUCGUUCGUGCUCGAUCAGUUUGCGUGGGAAUGCAGUUUGGGUGACUGCGAAUAUUUUGAGGACGAGGAUUUGAUGAAAUUGUUGGCUGUUUCCACGGUUUCAACCCGGUUCUUUUGGGCUACGGUCAAACAUGCAAAAGAGGAUCCAUGCGAGCCAGCUGAAAAUAUCGAAUAUUACCACGUUCCAGAAUGA